AUGGUGGUGUUGGGCCAUACGUUGGACUCGAUGACCUCAGAGGUCUUUUCCAACCUGUCUGUCGGUGGCUCCGAGACGCGCGGGCGGCCGCGCUCGCCGGCCCGGGCUGCGCUGACGCUGAGGGUCUCCGCGGCCCCGCCCCGGCCGUGCCCCGCUGCCGGCCCGCCCGCGGGGCCGGGCGCCGUGACGCCGGGGCCGUGCGGCGGCUCCGCCCCGCGAGGCCGGAGCCGAGACGGAAGCAGCCGCCGCACAGCAGCCGCCGCCUGCAGCCGGAGCCCGACAUGGCGCUCUGAGCCAGCCCCGGCCGCGCCGAGAGCCGCCACCCCGGGGGGCCCCGAGCAGCCGCCCCCGCGCCGGGACCGGGGAGCGGGGCAUGGGCAGGGCCGCUGCGGGGAGCCCGGCGGGCAGGGGACAGCGGCGCUAGCGACCCCCGCCCGCCCUUCGCGCAGCGCAGCCCCGCGGCCGCGAGGCCCCGCCGCCGCCGCCGCCCAGGAGAAAGAGGCCGAGAUCGGGGAGCAGCGGGCGGCGCCCGCCCGGCCGCCGCAGCCCGCCAUGGCCCACUCGCCCGUGGCGGUGCAAGUGCCCGGCAUGCAGAACCACAGAGCAGACCCAGAAGAGCUAUUCACAAAAUUGGAACGCAUUGGGAAAGGCUCCUUUGGUGAGGUCUUCAAAGGAAUUGAUAAUCGGACACAGCAAGUGGUUGCCAUAAAAAUCAUAGACCUUGAGGAAGCAGAAGAUGAAAUAGAAGAUAUACAGCAAGAGAUAACUGUUUUAAGUCAGUGUGAUAGUCCUUAUGUAACAAAAUACUAUGGAUCAUAUUUAAAGGGCACAAAACUAUGGAUAAUAAUGGAAUAUUUGGGAGGAGGGUCAGCUUUGGAUCUUCUGCGUGCUGGCCCGUUUGAUGAGUUCCAGAUUGCUACUAUGCUAAAGGAAAUCUUGAAAGGUCUUGACUACCUACACUCAGAGAAGAAAAUUCACAGGGAUAUAAAAGCUGCCAAUGUCUUGUUAUCAGAACAAGGUGAUGUUAAGCUUGCUGAUUUUGGAGUUGCUGGGCAGCUAACAGACACACAAAUUAAGAGAAAUACCUUUGUUGGAACCCCAUUUUGGAUGGCCCCUGAAGUUAUUCAGCAGUCAGCAUAUGAUUCAAAAGCUGACAUAUGGUCACUGGGCAUCACUGCAAUUGAACUGGCCAAGGGGGAGCCUCCCAACUCGGAUAUGCAUCCAAUGAGGGUUCUGUUCCUCAUUCCAAAAAACAAUCCUCCCACUUUAUUAGGAGACUUCAGUAAACCUUUUAAAGAAUUCAUUGAUGCAUGUCUGAAUAAAGACCCAACAUUUCGCCCUACUGCAAAAGAACUUCUGAAGCACAAAUUCAUUAUGAAAAAUGCCAAGAAGACUUCCUAUCUGACAGAACUGAUUGAUAGGUUUAAGAGGUGGAAAGCAGAGGGACAUAGUAGUGAUGAAAGUGAUUCCGAUGGUUCAGAUUCGGAGUCCAGCAACAAAGAGAAUAAUUCUCACCCUGAGUGGAGCUUUACUACAGUUCGGAAGAAGCCGGAUGCAAAGAAGCUCCAGAAUGGGACGGAUCAGGAUCUUGUUAAAACCCUGAGUUGUUUAACUAUGAUAAUCACCCCUGUGUUUGCUGAGCUCAAGCAGCAGGACACAAAUAAUGCUAAUAGAAAGAAAGCAAUUGAGGAACUUGAGAAAAGCAUCAAUGUGGCAGAAGCAACGUGUCCAGGGAUCACAGAUAAGAUGGUGAAGAAACUUAUGGAGAAAUUUCAGAAAUUUUCUGUUAAUGACUCAUCCUAAGAAACUUCACACAAUUGACUGCUGUUUCGUAUGGACCCAGUGAAACCCACCAAAACUACUUCAAGCUUGGCAGUGCUUAGCUCAUGAGCUCCUUGUGCCUUUUGGAUCUUUGCAACAUAUUGAUGGUGAUUGAGGAUUUGAAAGAACCUACUCAACUAUUUUGUGGCAGUGCACAUGGUUUUAUAUUUUCAGGAAAUUAUUUUGUAAAGAACAACUUUUAAUAUUGUAGUUUCACCUGUUUAAUCUGAUAAAUGUUGAGGUGCAGUUUUGCUUUUAGAAAUAACCAUUACUUUAGUUAAUAGAAUGUGCAAGUACAGUAUGUUUUGAUGCUAUUUUGUUCCUGUACAUGGAGUUGUACAGGUCUUUUAUAUUCAUGAGUUAAACUUUUGUAAAUCACUAACAAGCUUCAGAGAAAAAUAGCUUUUUCACAAGCAUAUUCAAGACGUGUAAUGUAGUGGCAAGGGUAUUGCUGUAGCACCUGCUUCAACCAGCAUAUAGUUAUCGUGCCCUGAAAAACAAACCUGCAACAGUAUCUAUUUUAAUUCUAAAUUGGUACAGUAUUUUAGGCAGCUCUAUGAUUAAAUAUAUUUGAGAGCAAUAUGGCAAUAGUUUGCAGGUGAUAUGUAGCAACAGGUCUAUCCUGAUGUACAGUCUGUGUAUUACCUUUUAGAACAGGUUUUGAAGUAGUAACUCAAUCUUGUAUCAUCAUGGUAGGAAAAUUUAGAGCAAUACAGUUGAGGGGGUGGGGCUUUCGGCAAUAAUGGACAAAACCUGAAGUCCAAUUUAACUUAAUUUAAUUUUUUUUCCUCUGAGUACACAUGCCUGGGUGGAAGGGAGCCAGAGAAGCCGAGCGUCGCAUGUUACAUACCUCACACGCAGGUAUCGGUGUAACACCAGCGUUCUGUGUGGUGGUGUUGUUUCUCCUGUAAGAUAUUUAUACACAUUUUUGUUCUGAAAUACAUUCAAUACAGUACAUCAACAUAAUUUGUUUAUAAUUUUCUGAAAGUGUAUUUUAAAUAUGUAUUUACCAGUUAAUAUGCAAAUAACUGAGUUAUAGAUAUUCUUUCACAAAAAGGUAGUACUGUGCAGUACAGAGUGAUUUUUUUCAUAAAAAGUAGGUAAGACUAUAAAGUUACUUUCAGUUAUAUAUUUAUGGUACUGCUAGAUGGGUAAUCUCUUCUGUUGUUUUGUUUUGAUUUGGUUUUUUCCCUUUUUCAACCCAGUAUGUAUAUUAUGCUGAAGUUUUGAACUGGGAUUGUUUUUCAGUACUUAGCUGUGGAACUGUUGGUGUAAAUUUAUUUUUGAUAAAGGCUGGGUGUGUUUAUUUUAUGGUUCAGACCUGCACAUUUUGUUUUUGCACAAAAGUCAUUUUAAAGAAUCUGAAAUAUAUCUGCCAAAUAUUAAAAAAGUAAUGGUGUGCAAGUAAAUACUGCAUUUUUUGUCAAAUGUUGCCAUUACAUCGUUUUUAUAUAAAGGACACUUGUGAGAGAUGGUGGUUAGAUAUGCCAAGGACAAUUAUUUUCAAUGGUGCCUACACUGUAAAAAAAUUACUUUUAACUCCUUGUUUUAAUUUUAAAAAAAUGUUUCUGUUUAAAACUUUCAUCUGCUAUAUAACUGAAAUUCAAUUAGAAUUUAUAUCUGAGAAAAAAAGUCUGGAAAUAGUUUUUGAAAACAAUAAUGUUAUGGAUUAAAUAAAUAUUUUUAUAAAUGUAAAAGCAGCAAAAGUUGUAAAUACAGUUGAUCUGAAGCUUUACAAAAUAACUGCAUCACAGAAACAAAUUGUAGUGCUCCUCUAGCUUCUGUAGUUGUUAGUCUUGUAAAUCUGUUUAUAGAUGAAGCCUAUUUCAAUGUUUUGGGGGGUUUAAAAUGGUUUAAAAAUAAAUAUUUAAGUUCUGUAAACUUUCA